AUGUUUAGUAGUCGGAGAAACACUCAAAAGCCUGAUGGUGAGUUCAUCACUCGCUUUCAGCAAGCAUUUUCAGACAUCGUUCCUCGGCGAGACAGCAACGGUGCGUCAAUCGAAAGCCCUCGUGAUGCCGGGCCAGAUGGGUCCAUAAUGCCUCCAAGAAUGGAAGACAGCGAUGUGAAAAUGAAGAGUCACGAUGUCAAGUUUCCUGUCACUACAACCAAUGACCGCACCCCUCGAAAUAUGCAGGAGUUGGGAUUGACUCCUUCAUGGAUGGAACCUGGUUCAUAUUCCAUGAUGCCUCUUGCCAACCAACAUUCCGGCUUUUACACUCCAAAUUCUGGUGGAAUGGGUGCAAUUUUCCACAACCAGGCUGGUGAUUUGCACACCCCAACAGGGAUGCACCUGAUAACUCCGCUUUCUCUUUCGGGCCUCCCUGCACACAAUCACCAUAGUAAUGGCUUUGAACCUUUCCACCCGCAGUUCAUACAUCCAAUGCAUGAUAUGAAUCCAUAUGCACAACCGCAGUCUUUCGCACCAAGCGCCUUUAUGCACCGCAACACGGGAUAUGAUGCCAUGGAUGAUACUCUCGAUGAUGCAUCUUUGAACGAUGCACAUGUCGAAACAGCGUCUAAUAUGACAGCGUCUACGGACUUUUCAACUUCAAUGGGUGGUGAUAUGUCAUAUGCCAAGGGUGAAAAAUUCCGCUUCAAUGUUUCUCUACGUGCGCCCACCGCCAUGGUUAAGAACACGAGCGAAGUUCCCAUCACCUAUCUCAACAAAGGACAAGCAUAUAAUCUUUCAGUCAUCGACUCGAGCCCUCCAAUGAUCAGCCAUGAACCGCUUCGAUAUAGAACGUUCGUCCGUGUCUCCUUUGAGGAACAAGAGCAACGAGCAAAACCUUCAAUAUGUUGGCAACUUUGGAAGGAGGGCCGUGGUAUAAAUGAAGCCCAUCAGCGCGGUGGAAAAUUAUUAGCAGUUGAAUAUGUUGACCCCCUUCAGGGUGGCGCCGAUGCACACCGUCACAGGCAGGUACAAAUCGAGAGCAUGUCAGUCGAUGGUUUCUGCGUUACUUGGACGGCUAAUCCUGCGACCGGCGUAUCCGAUUGCAACAUCCCUGUACGAUUCAAUUUCCUUUCCACCGACUUCAGCCACUCCAAAGGUGUCAAAGGUAUUCCUGUCAGACUCUGCGCCAAAACCGAACUUUUGUCGCCAGGCGAAGAGACCGGUGUAUCUCGCGAUACGGAAUUGUCUUACUGCAAAGUCAAGCUUUUCCGGGAUCAUGGUGCCGAGAGAAAGUUAUCUAAUGAUGUAGCACAUGUCAAAAAGUCCAUUGAUAAACUGAAGCAGCAAGUCUCGCAGGCUGAGAUGGGUGGCGGUUUUGCGAAGCGCAAACGGGGCAACAAUGCUUCCGCUACCAAGGGAUCCGAUCGCCAUAUGAAGCCUUCAGUUCACAAGCGUACUUGGUCAAUGGGCUCAGAUGAUGCUCCUCCUGAUAAAAACUCUUUAGAAGACGAUCUCCAAGCCAAGUUGUCUAUGAUGCAACAGAUGUUCUCGUCCACUCGCUCAGUGAGCGUCUUUGGCUUACGCGGUGACAAAGCCGAUGAUCCCGACCUAUAUCCUAUCCAGCUGUCAGGUGAUGGCGAUUCUUUCCAAGUUCACCAUAUGAGCCGUUCGAGUACACGCGAUAUGGAUUCAAUAAUGCCCUCACCACCAAAUACCAAUACCUCAUCAUCCAAUUCUCCGCCAACUCGAGCAACCAGAUUAAGACAGCAACCGACAACCAUUCCAAGGCUUUCAUCUGGCGAUCAAGUUCCAGGUGGAUUCCUCGAGGCCGUCGGUGUUGACUUGGCUUAUCGUCCUCCGGUGCAACGGACUCCCAAGCCUGUUGCAUGUUUCUACGUCAAGUUCACUGGAACCUCGAUGGCACCACAGGAUUAUUAUCGUGCAAUCUACUUGACAGAGCGAACUGCCCGAGAGCUCAUGAUGCAAAUUUCUGAGAAACAUCACAUUGACCCAUCACACAUUUCUACCAUAUUACACGUUAAUGAACAAGGCAGGCGUGUGAUGAUUGAUGAUGAUGUGGUCCGUGAACUUCCAGAGGGUCAAGACAUGAUCAUUGGCAUCUCUGAAUUACGAGGUCCGAAUGGCGGUGCUACUGGCAUGCCCGGAUCUCCUUUGGAGAUGACACUCACCUAUUGA